AUGUGGGCUCAUACACAUAAUGGUAUGUUUACUAUCAAAUCGGCGUAUAAGGCUUAUAUGAAUGAAAGUUGUACUAGGGAAGAAGUUUCUUUCUGGCGCAAGGUUUGGUCUUUGGAGUGUCUUACCAAAAUUAAGUUCUUUAUGUGGAAAAUAUUUUCUCAUAUGCUUCCUGUUAAUUCCCUACUUAGUGUUUAUAAUCCUUCUAUUGAUGAUAUAUGCCCUCUUUGCAAGAAUGAAGUUGAAAUUGAGUUACAUUUACUAGUCCAGUGUCCGAUUGCUUCAUAUGUUUGGUUUGGUAUGUCCUUUCAGCAUUUAAUUUCGCCUGAUCUGCAAGGGAUAGAUGAUUAUUUUCUUAUGUGGUUUGAAAACGGUUUGGGUGACUCUCCUUAUAAUGUUAACUGGCCAAGUAUUGCUUCUAUUAUAAUGUGGUGUAUCUGGAAGUUGCGUUGUGAUGUGGUUUUCAGAAAGAUUGCUAUUGAUCUAAAUAAAGUUAUACUAGAUGUGAAAAGAAUGAUAAACUCAUAUAUUAAACCUUUCAUUCCUGUGAGAGAUAGUAACAUACAUAAAAAGAUCUGCAGAACUGAGGUGGAACAUUUUAUGUUUAUUGAUGGCUCUUACAAGGAUUUUAAUAUGGGUGUUGGUAUUUUCUGGUGUGAUUUGGCAGGAACAAUAAAAGGUUCUCGUGUUGACUUUGGGCUGAUUCCAGAUGCGGUUGGAGCUGAAUCAAAUGCACUUUUUUUGGGUAUCUCUUGGGCUUUAGAGAUGAAUCUGUCUAGAGUCAUUUUUCUUAGCGACUGUCUUCAAAUGGUGGAUUUUGUGAAUGGAGACUGUUCAAAAGUGGGCUGGUGGAGCAGUGAUGUUCUAAAGGAUUGUAGGAGUUUGUUGUCUAGUAAUAGUAGUUUUAAACUUAUGUAUAUUAAUCGUGUCAAAAACAAUCUAGCUGAUAAGCUUGCUCGUCGAGCCAGAAAGUACUGUAUUAAGAAUAAUUGGGUUUCUUUUCCUCCUUUUUUGGAUGGUCUUGUAAGGAAGGAGCCCCUAGUUGAUGUCUGUACUUCACUUUUAAGUUAA